AUGGCAUCCCAGAUCCCAGCGCUCCCACAGUCCUACGCUCCAACAAAUGAGAGCGUCUUUUCUGACCAAUCUGGCUUCUUCUCCCUGGAUUCCAAUGUUCCUGGACUCUCUAGGGUGAUUCUCAAUAGCCUCAACAUGAAGGACUACGGGCAAUACAGGGCCGCCGUUGAGGGAAAGACUAAAGGAAUCUCUUUCCGCAACUAUAAGGACAUGUUCAACAAGAUGGAGGAGACCUUUAAAUUCUGCACUGCCUGCAACAAACUCCCACAGCAUCUCACUGAGGGACAGAGCCUCAAGCGCUGUGUCAAGUGUUUGAAUGUGUACUACUGCACCAAGGACUGUCAGAGAAAGGACUGGCCUCAGCAUAAAAAGGUCUGCAAGAAGCUGCGUCUGGUGGGCAUCGACAGACUCGUGGAGUGGCUGUUUUUUACUGGAAACCUGCCAUUCCCUACUAAGAAGUGGUGUAAGUCAGCUGCUGAGGUGAGGAACUGGGAAGACUGGCUUUCCAUGCAGGGUGACCUCAGGCCAUGUCUUGAUACCAUCUUGUCCGGUGGCAACAUGACAAAUCUUUGGAAGAACGCCUGCAGGCCACGGCCAGACGACGAUGACCUGCGACAGUCUUUAUGGCGGAUUCAAAGCGAGUUCCUCUCUAGGGUUCUCACAGUUGGCAUGGCUGUGCAGCACUUCAAACUGGACCCAUACGCUAAGCCUCUCACUAUUCACCUAGCAGGGGCAUCCCAUAAUGAAUCCAUGGGAGCCAGACUGACUGAUUAUGAUGAGCUGAACAGCAUGUUCCCUGGACACCAGGGCAUAGAGGUAGUCAUGGUGGGACCAGAGGUGGUGGACGGCCCCAUCGUGAGGCCUCCACUCAGGGCCUUUGGGCCCAGGCAGAGGGUCUACAUCAGUGCCUAUAAGGGUCUCUACCACCAGUUCUGGGAGGACCUGGUGGAGAAAAAGGAAGCAGCCAAGCCAGAUCUGGUGGUUGGAUUUCAUCCAGGGUUCCACGCUAACAAGGGUCUGAUCGAAGGUUGGCUGCCCACCCUUCUGCUGCUCAGAGACUUUAACAUACCUUCCUUCUUCACCAUGUUCAGUGAGAUGGAGCUCAAGUGCUCCCUGCAGAUCCUCCACGAGUUGGAGAUGCACAUCAUGGACAGUGGACCCAAUCCAUUCACCUCACAGAAGCCAGAGCAGGUCCAGGCCUGCCCCAACAAAAUGCCAGUCAACUGCAACUCUCAAUACAUCCGUUUCCAAGGACUGCUACCACAACAAGAAUCUGAAGAGGCCAGUCCAGACAACUAAAAGGCCAUCAUGAAUAUUGUCAAAGCCUGGUUGGGGUGCCACAAGUCAUGCUCUUUAUAGA